AUGUGCAUUCCAGUAAUAGCUUCUAUUGAAGAAGUUCAUUAUACAGAAUUUCCGAAUUUCCUUGACCACGAUCUUUCUUUAAGCCAUGGUAGAUGGUCACUCUCAAUAUUCCAAGUUUGUCAAUACGUGAACCAUGGUACGAAAGAUAUAAUCACUCUCCGUGGAUUAACCGCUAUUGUCAGUGAAUUCUUUGGUUAUGCUGCAAAUAGUAUUCUGCACAAUCGUGGAAUAUAUCCAGAAGAAAGUUUUGGAAAGGUCAAGAAAUAUGGGCUUCCCAUGCUUCUCACUCAAGAUGAAGGUGUUAAAUCCUUCAUUUCAAAAUUAACUGCACAGCUAUCUGAAUGGCUUGAAAUUGGGAAACUGAAGAGAGUAGUAUUGGUGAUCAUGAGCAAAGCCACUGGCGAAGUUUUAGAGAGAUUUUCAAGGGAGAAGAGCGAUAACGAAAUAAUGAGGGAAAUUCAAGCAAUUAUGAGACAGAUAGCUUCCAGCAUCACAUACUUGCCAUGCCUUGAUGAACCCUGUGUGUUUGAUGUUUUAGUGUACACUGACAAAGAUGUUGCAGCCCCAUUUACUUGGAUUGUGAGCGACAAAGAGGCAAUUUUGGCGACCUUUACCUGA